UGGGACGAAACAACCGCUGGUGAAAUGGCCUCCCAGAUGAACCUAAUCAUCAACAAGUCCCCAGUCCAGCUAGGUCAACAGCUACUAAGACUAGGCCUCUUCCAACAAUCCUCAAUCAACUCAAUUGUGCUCGACGUAGUCUAUUCCGACGACAAUUCAUCCAUCAAACAGAACAACAAAUUAGUAUUCCUAUUGGGCGACCAACUAGACCAGUUAUUUGAUCCAUUAACUGAAUACUCCCCUGAAUCAACUGAUAAAAUUUACAAACCGCCAAACAAACCACUCUCCUUUUACCAAAAUUCAAGACUUAUCUCAAUAUUCAAUGAUUCAAAUCUAAUAUCCUCAAUUUGCCAGGAACUACUAACUGUCCAAACAAACUUCACCAUCAAUUUGGUCAACUUUCUACAGAACUUUGUCAUUCCACUAAGAAUCAAAGUCUUGGAACAUGGCAUCGAUAAAUUACCAAUAUCAAAACUAAAUUCAAUUUUCCCUCCAACCAUCGACGAAGUAACAAGAAUCAACUGUAUCUUCCUAGACGCCCUAAAAUCGGCUCAACCUUAUGGCUCCUUUGAAAUCAUAAAGGCCUGUGGCACCUCAAUCCCCUAUUUUUAUAAAGCUUACAUGAGACACGAAGCUGCAACAAGAAAUUUUAAUGACCAACUAUCCUCCUUUCUAGACAACUUCCAUCACCAAAUUCCUGAAAGGAUUGAUACCUCCUAUUUCACUAAAAGAAGAAUUGAAACAAUCAUCCACGGUUCUUUAAACUUGACUAAACUAAAACUAAUUCUAAAUAGACUAAUCAACGAAAAAAUAUCCCAUUUAAACACCUUUACCAUCAACAACCAUAAAAACUCUCUAAUGAUGAAAAAAUUAAUAUCAAAAUACUACAACUCAUCAAUCCAAACAAUAGACUCAUUCGGUAACGAUAAACUAAAACCUUAUGAAAGCAGAGUCUUCACUCCAACUGGAAAAAUCUUAACUGAACUAGCAAAUGGUUGGCCAAUCGACCUUCAAUACGGUUGGGUAAACAGAAGAGUCAUAUCCAUUUUCGAUUGCGAAAACUUAAUGUCUGUAGAUAAUAUGAAAGAUGAAAUUACCAUCAUCUUUAGCGAUCACAUUCUAUUCCUAAAAAUUAUAGACGAAAACUACUACAACCAAAUCAAGAAAAAACAAAGAAAAUCAAGAAAACUAAGAUCAAGUCCAAUUACAAAUAUCCCAAAGCUAAAAGUUUCUGGUUGGGCCGAUAUUUCAAAUGUUUUCCCCUCAACCUAUAACGAUGGUGUCUUUUUACAGUUCUUUGUUACUGGAAAUGGAAUCAAAUUGGAUCCAAAUCAACCAGAGCUAACCCAACACAUGAGAAAAUAUAAACUAAGCGAUCCAAAUAAAUUAAAUGAUGGCUAUAAAAUCAUAGAAUUAAUCAAUAAAGCUAAAAUUCUAAACAAAAGCUCUCCCUUUCAUCUUUUCAAA